AUGUUUUCAUCUCUAGGUCAUGGAACAAUCCUCUUAACAUUUGCUCAUGAAGUGAUUGACGAGUACCAUUUCAUCAACCAGUCCAAAAGCUGGGGUGAGGCUCAGCAGUACUGCAGAGAGCACUUCACUGACCUGGCCACGAUACAGAGAGCAGAGGACCUGAGCAGAGUCCACAUCCCGGCUGGUCAUGAGGCUUGGAUCGGUCUUCAUGAUGACCCUGCUGCUUGGUUUAACGUCAUGACCAAUGCCUCCAACUCCUGGAGAUGGUCUGCCACUGGGGCCACCAGCCCUGGAGGCUACCAGAACUGGAAGUCAGGAUAUCCAAAUAAUGCAGGUGUUCAGGAAGGUGUCAAACAGUUCUUUCUGGGGAAUAGCACGAGGAGGAGUUGGCCCGGCUGCCAGAGCGUGUGCAGAGACCAGUACCAGGACCUGGCUCAGAUCGAGAGUGCAGAGGAGAACCAGGCUGUGACGACGGCUUUAUCUGGAGGGUAUAAUGGCUGGAUCGGUCUGUACCGAAACACGUGGCUCUGGUCGGACCUCAGCAACAGCAGCUUCAGGAAUUGGAUUUCUGGAUCACCCAACAACAUAAAUAACGACGAGCACUGUGUCCAUAUGAAUAAAGACGGCCAAAUGGAGGAUGACACGUGCUCCAAACCACUAAUGUUCGUCUGUCAUGAAGCAGAAGACUAUUGUCCUGACUCAGAGCUCGUGUUUGCAGUGAAACCGAGACGCUCCGUGUUGCAGACACAGAUGAGAAUCCAGACUGACGUGGACCUGAGCGAUGCAGCCGUCUCUGAGCAGCUGCUCAAACUGCUCCAAGAAAGACUCCAGGAGAAACUCCCUGGGACUGACUUCAAACUGCGAUGGAGCAAGGCCCCAAAAAAGCAAGACUCUCCAUAA